UUUUUUCCCGGAAUAUUUGUUUAUGCAAUGAUCUCCCUUUGAUGAAUGUUAGUAAAGGUGGCAUCUUGUCGUGCAUGUACUUUGAUAGCUAAAUGAAAUGAUAUGAACUGGAAACUUAAACACAGGUAACCUAAACAUGGACCCAGACAUAAAGAAUAGAUUUGAGGAAGAGAUUCUGAAAGUUGCAGAGACAGAUGAACAUUUUCUGACAUAUAAAACAUUUGCAAGGAAUUUUAAAGAUAAAUGUUUUAUCAAAACCAAAUUCCAUAACCAUUUUUUGGAAGUUAUUAAAGCAGUCAGAAAAGGUGCUCUUCAAAAAGAAAGAAUUGUAGGGAUUCAAGGUAUCGGCAAAUCUUCAUCUGUGAUGUAUCAUGUUCUUAGUUGUAGAAAAAAUGGAGAUGGAGGAAUUCAUUAUGUUGACUUGAGUAUAAUUGAAAAGAAGGAUAAGAAUUUAGAAAAGUUCUCUCAAUACAUUGCCAGUGUAAAAAAUAACGAUUGUUUGGUCAUUGAUCAUGUGACUUUAUUUAACGGGAAGUUAGUCGAAAAAAUUGAAGAACUCACAUCUUUUGCAAAAAUAGUUUUAAUAGAAUCUAGAUUCACUGCAUGUGUUUAUACAACUAACCUUGACUUCAACAAGGACUUUCAACUAGAUCUAAAUGACUUUGAAAGGAUUUGGAACGGAAUGUUGUCAGUAAAAAGUACAGAUUUCCCAGGGCGACAUGAAUUAGUUAGUUCUUUACUCAAAUUAGGUGAUAAGGUAUAUUAUGAGUUGAAGGAUAAAUUCAUAGUUACACCAAGACUAUUACAUGAUGCAUUCGAUGAAAUGUUCAUAUUUGGUAAAAAAAUUAACGAAAUUUCUUACUGUGCUGAAAUUAAAUUAAGAGAAGAGAUUGCAAUGUUUAAAGAUGAAUUGAAAAGCAGUUAUUGUGAAACAUUUUUACUUGAUACUAAACUACUUUUGGACUGCCUAGUUGGGCAGGGUAAAAACAUAAUUUGUACACUUUCUCAGGUUGCUAAUUUUAAGGUAGCUAUUAAUAUAUUUGACAUUAAAAUUCUUGAAGUAACCAGGCAGGAUUUGGAGGAUAAUUGCAGAUUUUACGAGCUCGAGCUGGAAGAAGGGGAUCGAUAUGUAACUAUCAGCCAUUUAGUGCCCUUUCUUGGUCAACAUUGGAUAGAAAAGCUGCCUUUGAAGUUGGAAGAGGUAUUAAAUUGUGAAGAUGCUAAUAGAAUUUUGGAUUUUAGUCUACAAAAUGGUAGUUUGCGGAAAAUGUUCAAGGAUGGUCUUGUAAAUUGUCAAGUGGAAAACGAUUGUGUUAUUAUCCCCGAUAAACAUAAAUUUUUUGAUACUUGUAGUCUAGAAGCAUCCGAUACAAAUGAGUAUAUACAAUGUGACGGAGUAAUGAAGCCCAGAAAGUUAUAUUGCUUAAGACCAAAAAAUGAAAUUGUAAAAGAUGCAAUAAUACAGGAGAAAUAUAAAGGUCAUUUAGCAAAUGUGUGCAAAGCUGCCGUUUAUGUGAAAAGAGAAAUAGAAAAGUGUAAUGAUCAGUCAUUCAUUAUUUAUCCUCAUGUUACAAAUUUCAUGGGCUUUGAUUAUUUUCUAUACACUCAGCCUACUUUGUUUGAUUCUGGUAGUAGUGACGAAUCAAGUAGCAGUCCACCAUCAAAGAAAUCUAAAAAUAGAGGGAUGCUAUUUUUGGUACGGGUUGCAACAGGAUCCUUGCACACUGGAAUUACAAUGAGCAGAGCAUUAUCAGUCUUUAAAGACAUCAUAGAUGAAGUCACGCUUCAUGUAGUGGUUAUUAAUGCGACAAAAGAAAGUGAUACAUAUAAUCUUACAGGGAAUUACAUUUUUAAAAACAUUUCCAUUGUCAACAUAGGUGCUCCACAUAUUUUGAAUUCAUUGAAGUUUUAUGACGAAAAAUUUCAUAGUCUGUUAGAAGCAGUUGUAAAAACCUCUGUUGUUUCAAGCUGUAAAAACAAAUAGUCUGUGGGUUGAAAUGACAUCACCCAACCACAACCAUCAGUCAGGGGUACUACUUGUACAAGUAAUCUUUAUUUACUUGAAGAAGUAAAUAAAAUAAACUUAUAUAAGUUAAUUAUAAUGUUUGAAUAAUCUCCCCUUAAUUUUCUCAAAAAUUUACUUGUAUAAGUAAAUUUUUUUUACAAUCCCACAAAAAUUCUCAAGUUUUGAGAUGUAAAAACAUGUCUUUAACAAUUUUUCUCAGGUUAGCUCAUAAUUUUUGGUUAGAGUUCAAUGUUUCAUCUCAUUAAUUCAACAAAGAAACUGAUUGCGCAAAGAUCUUAAGUAUUUGCGCAAGGCCUUCAAAAAUUGCCCCUUGGGGGCUUGUAAAUGAGCAGUGUUCUGAAGAUAACAGACAAAUGAGAUUUUCAUUGUCCAUGAAAUUACACUUAAAUGAUUAGUAAAGACAUCUGCAAAGGACAGACAAUCAAAAAUUCUAUUAGAGCAAAGAAGUCCUAAGAAUUCAAGAAAAGAAGAUAGGAUGACUUUUUUACUUGUAUAAGUAAAAAAAUCUGAAUGUCUAAGGGACAUAACUAAGCCCAAUUUUUU